AUGGCUUCUACACUUCCAACACUCUGUUUUGACGAGAUAUUCGGAUAUUUGCGUGGCGAUACUCCUUCUUUGUAUGCAUGUGCCCUGGUUAACCGUAACUGGGGGUGGCAUGCCAUUCGAGAAUUAUGGCGUGAUCCGCUCAUCGUUGUCAAGUCUCCAAACCGUCGAGAAAAACUUUUUAACUUGCUUCUGUUAUUCCUUGAUGAUUCUAAUGCUAAGUCAUUACGUGAACCAUACCUGACAUAUAUGAGAAAACUCAACUUUGCGGAACUUGUGAAAGCCGGUAAAAUUCAGAAUAAAAUCAGCCUGAGAUUAAUUAAAGCGCUCUCUCGUGCGAUCGUCAGCCAUAGCAACAAUCUUCAGGAGCUCGAUAAUGACCUAAUCGCACCUCUCUUUCAGAACCGUCUUUAUAUAAAAAGAAAUACAUUGAUAGUUCCACAAUUCAACUUUUUUAAAUUUCCAGGCGCUAAUAUUUCUUUUACCAAUUUGAAGUGCUUAUUCAUUGACAACCUGAAUGCUUAUCAGAUUUUGAAAUCUGCCGUUAAUAUUGCUCCAAGCCUUGUUGAGAUUACCAUACGUUUAUACUGCGAAAAUUACUUAGAUAGACGUGACACAAUGACUUAUAAAAACGAGGAAUUACUUCCCACGACUUCAUUAACCUUACUUAAUUCAUUUCUAAAAUUGGAACGCUUUAAUAUUAUCGAAGGUCCAAGGACUAGAUGGCGAGCUCUUGAUGCUGAUAUAUUUCUGUGUCAAGUUGGUCAUAAACUUCCCACAACAGUCAAUCAUUUUGGAUUCGAUAUCGAUUGUGAAUUUUCUGUUGUAGCUCUUAACAAGUUCCUUAGUUGCACUGCGCAUCACAUAAAGACACUUUCAUUCGCUAGAUGCACGAAAUUCAACAAAAAUCAUUUGAAAGCCAUCUAUCAGCAUAAAGAUUUACAAAUCGACGCAUUGAACAUCCCUUGGCCUGGAAAUUUUGAUAAAUUUACUUUAUACAAGGCAAAAAAGCGAAUUACGACAGUUCGUUUCGAUUCCACUGGAACCAAUAAAUUUAAUGAUUCUGACGCUUCCGACAAUGAAGUCUAUAACACUGACGAUUCGUACUUUAGACGCAAUAAACGUGACUAUUAUAACCAAGCGUAUGAUAGUAGUUCUGAUCACGACUCAAGCGCAUCGUACGCCGAGCGUCGUAGUCGCUACUAUUAUGAAGAAGAUAAUGAUUCCUUUUUUAUUACAAGCGAAAAAGAAAUAUUCGGCAAUGAUAAAUACUACGAAUGUUGUAAUAAAUCUAGCAGUGAAGAGGAUGAAGAUAGGUAG